AUGGCGACGGGGCAGCACGGACUCGCUUCUCUCCGGCGAACCAGCAGCGUAGCCAAUUACGCCAAUAGUGCGGGGUCGCGGCAUCGAAGAUCGUUCUCAACAAUCCCGCCGUCACGGUCCAACGAGAUACUACAGACGACUCGCCCAACACGCUCCCCGCAGCCGCCGGCCGGGAUGGCGUCCACAUCAGAUGUGGACAGGACGUCGGAUCUAAGCGCGAAGGGCAUGACGGCUUCUUCCGGGAUCUCGUCACAACAUAGUUCACUAUCCGCCAAUGCACAGCCCCGCAACGAUGGCGCGGGGCGCCGGCGCCGGAGGCUGCGCUCGCAAUACCCGCGCGGGAGCAGCGAGCAGCACGUGGAAUAUAUCCUCGUGGCGUCCUUCGAUAUCGACCGCGGCCCCGUGAUGGAACACCAAUACCCGGUGGCCAUCACCGGCGACGAGCACAUGCUCGCCGAGCUCAUGCUCCCGGACCAAGCCCACGUAAGGAACCAGGAUUGGACCAUCUUCUUCCUGCACAAAGACACAAGCCAAGAGGAGGAUGAUGCAGAACGGCGGGCCAAGCAGGAGAGGCGGGCCCGGCGGAACAGAAAGCGUGAUCGGGCUAAGGGUAUAAUACACGAGUCGGACGACGAGGACGACGAGGCCGGGGGGCUUGACGACGACGAAGACGACUGGGACGAUGACGUGUCAACCGAUAGCGAGCCGGAAGGCGGCGAGGGCCCGCCACUGGUUUAUGUGCUCAACCUCGUCAAUACAAAACAGGACAAAACGGUGAAAAGAGGUGCGGUGGUAAAGGCGAUGGCGAUAUGCACCCGGCACCCCUUCCUGCAUAUAUACAAGCCGCUUUUGUUGCUAGCACUAGAAGAGUAUUUCAAGUCUCCGGUGCCCGAAACGCUGGCAAUGCUCUACAAUGCCGUCAACGAAAUGGAUCUGUCACUGAUGCCGAAGCUGAGCCAUCUCGAGAGACAUCUCUUGCAGGCCAGUGACAACAAGGAUCUGUUCGUCGAGAAAUUCGAGCAGAUGAUCCAGGCCCGGAUCGCCGAAGAAGCGGGAGGGGAGGACGUCCUCCAGCCGUUCGACGCCAGCAACGAGCCGCCCAAGCGGCCAAGCAUCUUCCGGUCAGGCUCCCGGGCGCACAUUGAAGGCCACGCGGCCUACGUGGUACCCAGGGACACGCAUGAGUUCGAGAGCAAGGUCAUGUACAAAGGGAUCCCCAUUCCGAUCAAGGUUCCCGUGGCCGUCAUGCCCGAGAUCGUCGGCGACUUCUCCCUGAUCAAGCUGAUCCAGAACUUCUCCGACCCUCAUACCAAAUCGCCACAAGCCUUUCCCCUACACCCUCAUCUCACGACAAACGGGCCCAACACCCAUCCCAUCAUCGUGCUCAUCAACGCCCUUCUGACGCAGAAGAGGGUCAUCUUUCUGGGACACAACAUGCCCUCCGGGGAAGUGGCCGAGGCGGUUCUCGCGGCGUGUGCGCUGGCGUCGGGCGGCAUCCUCAGGGGCUUCACGCGGUAUGCGUUCCCGUAUACGGACCUGACCAAGAUCGACGAUCUCCUGAAGGUGCCCGGGUUCAUCGCGGGCGUAACAAACCCGACGUUCGAACACCAUCCGGAAUGGUGGGAUCUGCUCUGCGACCUGCCGACGGGGAAGAUGAAGAUCAGCAGCAAGAUCGAAGCCGCUCCCAUCACGGAAGGGCUCGUGUACUUCCAGCAACAGAACCCCGCGUACGCAAACCUAGUCCAUAAUUCGUCCAGCAGCGGAUCCUCCUCCAACGACCUGACGGGCGAUGCCGCGUUCAUGGCGGACAUUCUCCGGAGCAUCUCCACGCGGGCGGGCGAGCGAGUGAUCCGCGCCAAGUGGCGGGCGUGGGUGCUCAAGUUCACUCGCAUAGCCGCUGCGUUCGAGGAGAGCGUCUACGGCGCCAGCGCGCUGUACAUCGGCAGCGACGAGCAGGAGGCCCGUCUAGCGGGCGCCCACGGACACGGCUACGUGUGGGUGGACGAGGCGACCAAGGCGAAGGAGCUGGCGGGGAAUGUGACGAGGAUUGAGGGCUGGCGGAACACGAGGAGCUACUACAGCUUUAUCCAGGACGUCGCCCAGUUGUACACGAUCCGCCCGCUCAAGGGCCUCGACCUGGCGCAUCUCCACGACCGGCUCCGCGCGCAGCGGCUCACGCCGGCGCAGAGCAAGGAGAUCUACGACACACUGGCCAAGUACGUGCGCUCGUACGACGAGAUCUGCCUCCUCCUGAGCGUCGCGCCCGAGUCGCAGGCGGGACUCUUCUACAUCGCCCUCGGCCUGUUCCACAAGGAUCGCGACGUGCGCUUUAAGACGGCCGAGCUACUAGAGCGCGUCGCCGAGCACGAGGCCGGGCGGCACUGGUGGCGCGCGCUGAGCCGCUUCGAGAAGCUGGCCUAUGUGCGCAUCAAGCGCGAGGCCGAGGCCGAGAUGAAGGCCAAGCUGGAGAAGGAAGAGAGGGACGGGUUUAGUCCCGUUGAGAGGAGGAUCAGUUGAGUGAAAGGGGUGGAUUGAGUGAACUCACUUGGGUAGCAUCGGGCGCGUGAUUGGGAUACUACUAGUGAUUAGAAUCAUGGAUUUGGGUUGGCAUUGGGGCUGGCUCCUCACCAUCCGAUUCUUUUGCAUGUAGGGGGGCAAUGAAGUGAGUGAUGGGUGAGGUAUACCUACCUUACUUAUGUACCUGGUUAGAGUUUGUGUUUCUUCUGGGCUUAUUCUGGCCGUUUCAGAGUUGCUUAAAAUACCCCAUUUUCCGACCUCAAUCGAUAUACCCUCAUCCGCCGCCCUCUUUGAACCGAGCGUCAG